GGAAAUAGGAAUCACAAUCUAAUCAAGUCCGUAGUACCACCUUCCUGUCGUCCAACCUGUAAAAUAAAUUAAUCAAACUUAUAAAAAGAAAAUCCCCAAAUAUUUCCUAUAAAUACCCAUCACCGGUUCACCUUAUAACACCUUAUUAAAAAUUUCUUGAACCUCAAAAAUUUCCGCCAUUAACAACCUCUUCAAGCUUUUCUUCACAUUUUUCUCUCUCUAGUGCAUGGCAGUACAAUUAUUAUUACAUGAAAUUUCUGAUCUCUGUCUCGGGAAGCCCCCGCUAAGGCCUCUCCCUCUAACGGCUACAAUCGCCGACGCUAUCUCACUUUUCCGACGAUCUUCCGGAGACACCUCUCUUACCGUUUGGUCUUCUCCGUCACUUUCUGGAGAACCUUCUAUAUGUAUCGGAAAAAUUAGUGUUGCUGAUGUUUUGUGCUUUCUUUGCCGAGAAGAUAAUCGUAACCAUCCUUCUCUUGCUUUGAGCUCUCCUGUCUCUGUUCUUGUUCCUCCAAAGGGUGGUUCCAUUGUUAAAGUGUUGGAUCCGUCUUCUAGCAUACUUGAUGCAGUAGAUAGCAUUCUUGAAGGAGCUCAAGGUCUCAUAGUGCCUAGGAGGAGCCGUAACAGCAGCAGCCCAAAGCAAAGGUCUUCGCAAAAACCUUCUGUAGGGCGCCAAUUCUGCUGGAUCACUCAGGAAGAUGUAAUCCGCUUCUUCUUCAACUCCAUCAACCACUUCUCUCCCACCCCAUUCAACACGCUCCAAUCCCUUAACAUCAUUGAGGAGAAGACCCUAUCUGUUCAUUACAACGAUCCUGCGCUGUCUGCCCUCAACGCAAUCUGCAACUCUCCGUCAGGCCAGACUGCUGUAGCAGUGGUAGAUAAUGAGGGUAGACUAAUAGGCGAGAUCUCACUUUACACGCUCGCUUGCUGUGACGAGACUGUUGCUCCUGCCAUUGUUACUCUUUCCGCUGGUGAUCUUAUGGCUUACAUCGACUAUGGUGGCCCUCCAGAAGAUCUUGUUCAGUUGGUUAAAACAAGGUUAGAAGAGAAAAAAUUAGACGGAAUGUUGGAACUUUUAGAAGACCAUCCUUCAACUCUUUCGCUUUCGUCAUGCUUAAGUGCAUCUACGUCUUCCUCAUCCGAUGACGAAGUUGUUACUACUGUAAAGCGCACCAGAUCUAAUUCAGGGCUAUUUGCAAGUGGAACAGAGCCCAUCAUUUGUCACCCAAGGAGCUCCUUGAUCGCAGUGAUGAUACAGUCAUUGUCACAUCGGUAUAAUCACGUGUGGGUUGUCGAAGAUGAUUAUAGCUUGGUCGGAAUAGUAACUUUUUCUGGUAUGUUGAAAGUAUUCCGGGAUCGUGUUCCUUGUUUUUCCUAAUUUUUUCCUGUAUCCGAUUACUACCUAUAUUGAGCGCGGCUUAUGAAUAAUGAGGCUUAUUCAAUCAUUUGUCAUGGCAUGUAUAAUGAGGUUUAUUCAAUCAUUUAUCAUGGCUUGUAUAAUGAGGUUUAUUCAUUAUUGUAUUAUUUCUGUAACAUUUAUUUGUACAAUAUAUGAUGUCAUUUGAAAAUAACGUUGAUAUUUU